AUGUUCGAGCUCAGAGAUUCGCCUGGCAAAGGAAAAGGUUUGUUUGUCCUAGCGACCGGCAUCCAGAAGGGCGAUCGCGUCAUUACCGAAGCCCCUAUCCUCACUGCCGAUCUUGUUUGGAUGACGCCGACGACGACGACAAGCAGGGGCAUCAGCGGCGGCAGGAACUCCGCCAAAAGCCACUCGAAAAUGCUGUCCCGGCCACGUGCCCCGGGCGACGAGCUCACCGUUGCCUACGAUUCGGGUUGUACCGUCCAGAACAUGGCUAAGAUGAAGUCCGCCAUGGGGUUCAGAUGCGCGUGCCCUCGUUGCAGCCUACCGCCGGACAAAGUGGCAGAGAGCGACAAGCGUCGGCACGAGCUGAACGUCACAUUGACCAAUGUGGACUUGGCGUACCGGGCGGCGGACCCGAGGGAUAAGUGCAGAAAAGAGGGGGAGGGUGAGGAAUAUGGGCGAGAGCAGAGCAAUGAACACAUGCAACGGUCACCAUUGUCUUUCGCCCCGGCGUCGAUUAUACCGCUGUGCCGCAGGAUCGUUGCGCUCCAAUAUCUCGAGUUCGGCAUCGCGCCCAUAACCUACUAG